CCUUGCUAUCUCUCGCUCAACGCUGUGCUAUUCAGCACUCGGCAAGAUCUUGCGUUCUUUACGCGGUACUGCCAGGCAGCAGUCUUUUAAUGAUGAUUCUAAGAUGGUUUUUCGUCAUCUCUUUCGCCUUACCGAACGUAUUUGCCCAGCCUGAGAAAGGAAAAGGGUCAUUUAAACGACCCGCAUUUUGUACCAAACCCCUGGAUCACGGACCAUGCAGGGCAAAUGUGACGUAUUGGUAUUUUCAUGAAAAACAUCACGAAUGCAAGUUGUUUAAUUAUGGAGGCUGUGGCGGCAAUCGCAACCGAUUCUGGACCGAAAAAAGGUGCUACUAUAGGUGUGCGGCACCUGGUAGACAAAAAAUUCUGUGCAGCGUAUAUCCAGAUCCUAAGCCCUGUAACUCGACAUUCCAAGCCUGGUACUUCAGCAAAAAGGAUAAUGCCUGCCACAGAUUGCCAAGAGGGAUGUGCACAAGUACCAUCAACAGGUUCAUGUGGUGCGAGAAAUGCAUGAACAGAUGUAGUGCGGAGAACUCUAGGGCAGCCUGCAGGAGAGAGUACCAAAGAAUUAAAGAAGAGGAGAACACGAUAAAACAAGCGCAGACUCCGGCUGUAGUUGCACCGGGAGGAGCUGCAAUCGGGACUUCACCGGGACUACCAUCAUCCGGCGCUGGGUCCCCUGCACCGACGUCACCUCCAGAAGUAGCCACCCAGGUGAAACCAGAAAAUGUUCUUGGCCCUCCUGCACAGCUACCAAGUACACCAUUACCGUUGCCGCCAGCACCCGCACCUGCUGCAGCAGGGCGAACAGAGUCAGGAACAUCAAGACACGAGAACGUAGAAGCAAUGAGUGGCACAACAGGGGCUGUGCCAGGAGUAGGUGGUCCGGCAAAUACCUUACCAAACCAGGCACAACAAAUAGGAGCGUUUCCUGGGGGUUCACAAGGUCUUAGCCCCACAAUAGGAGAUUCAGGGCCACUGUCUGAGACAAAUGGCUUGGAAGAAGGCAGCUCUAGGCACUUAAGUCCGGUGGCUGUCACACACAAAGAAGAAUACGGAGAAACAGCUCAAGGAAUCCGGAGCGGACCUUGGCUGUCAUAAAACCAACAGGACCGAAAAAUCAGCAAAGUGGUCCGGCAUUGGUGGAAAUCUUGAGAGAAAUACCAGGUG